CACGGACCACAUCCGAGUGAGGCUCGGAGACGGUUUAAAAAACUAACCGCGCGAUUCACGUUGCGCGAACGCACGGGCGCGCGCGUUCUGUUUUCGAAUUUGCGUGUGCUAACUUUUUUUUCACGGACUCUAGAUUUAUUUUUGGCUUGGCCUUUAUUAGUCUGUAAGGACUUUUGUUCUGUGAUGUAUCAGUUAUAAAAAUUAGUGUUAUGUGGCAGGAAUUAAAAGCAAUUUUUUGUAGCAGUUUCAUUUGGAACAAUAUCAUUUUCCAAAUUUGAGGAACUUCUGGCGUCGGCUGCAUCUUCUUCAAUCAAGAUGAAUCAACAAUGUAAAGUCUGCGGAGAGCCAGCUGCCGGAUUUCACUUUGGAGCGUUCACGUGUGAAGGCUGUAAGUCGUUCUUCGGGCGAACGUACAACAACCUCUCCUCGAUAUCGGAAUGCAAGAACAACGGAGAAUGCGUCAUCAACAAGAAGAACAGGACUGCUUGCAAAGCCUGCAGGCUCAGGAAAUGCCUCCUAGUUGGUAUGUCAAAAUCUGGCUCCAGAUACGGGAGGCGAUCAAACUGGUUUAAGAUACAUUGUCUUCUUCAAGAGCAGCAACAGCAACAUAUACAACAGUUACAUACAAACAAAUCACCGCCAAAUUUCAAUUCCUCAAUUAACCCAUCUUUCCUACCAUCGAACCUUCUACCUGCUGCGGCGCUGGCAGAAUACUAUAAAAACUCGGAAAAGACCCAUUUCACUGAAGACGUGACACGGCAAAGCGUAUCGCCUUCAGAUUCCGGGGCGUCGUCGGCUGAUCCUGAGGAUGACAACAGUUCUAGGAGUACGAGCGGCUUGAGCAUCUUCAGACCAACAUCGUCUCCGUGCAGUGAAAAGGACGUUAGAUUACAUGCGAUUAGGAAUCAAACUAAGGAUGUGCGGAAACGAAAGCCUUCUACCCUACCACCAUCGCCUUUCGGUCCGAUGACAGCAACGCCGAGUUAUUCACCGAGAACCACUCCUUAUAUGCCAACUUCUAUACAGAAUAUUAGACACGUGCCGCCAGGUCUAACCACUUGGCAGAAUCGCAAUGGCGGUGAUUUGCUUUUACAUUCCCCAGCAGUUGCUGGAAUCGCAAUAGAGCAAGACCAACCAAUAGAUCUAUCGAUAAAAUCAACUGCUGUUUUGUUCAGGAGUCCAAAAAACGAGGAAGUGAGCGAUUCAGAGCCUGAACUCAGUAUUGACCUAAACGAGGACAACGGAAAAGACAUAAUGAAAAAUCCCCUAGACUUAUCUCUGGUCCCCAAACGAUCGGAAGAAGUGCCAAUGACUGGUUGAACUUUAAUGUUAAUACAUGAAGCAUACCGUGAGUCAAUUAAGCCAUGUGUCUCGUUCUAUUUAUAUGUAAAUAUUGUAAUUUUAUUAACGAAAGACGAGAUGAAUACUCUGCCAUACAGUAUUUAAGUAAUGAGUUCAUUCCUUCUUUCUUGAUUACCUGAUGUGACUACCAUAAAUUUAGUUGUUUUCCUUUGUAUAGUAGAAUAAUGAAGAGUCAAUUGUUUGUAAAAUAGGUAAGUGAAAUUAUUGUUGUUAGAUAUAAAAUUGAUGCGCAACGAAAAAUGAGAAACUCUUUAGUGUUAAAUGAAAACGCCAGUUGUAGAAUCAUGCCAGUGUUUUGUUUUACCAGUUUUUAGUUAAUAUAAAUGGGAUUUGUGGCCAGUGAAUUAUGACGCUCAAAAUUGUAAUGUACAAAAUAUUUUUAGGCGAAACAUUGUAUUAUAUUGUUAGGUAACAUUAUGCUCUGUACGUAUUCAUUUCUAAGUAUUUAUUUCAUUAGAAUUUAGGCCAGUUUCGUUUUGAGUCACUUUAUUUUUUAUUUAAUUAAAUAAUGUUUUAAGUACCUACAUGAAUAGUUCUCGUUAUAUUAAUAUUUAAUAUUUAGCGUUUAAUGUAAGCUUGCGUGUUACUAUAUUGUUGGUUGUUUUAGAGAUUUUAAAAUAAUUUAAGACAUUCCUUUAUGAAAUGAUGCUCAUUCCAUUAAUUAGAUUUGUAUGUUUAAAGUGUCAUCACAAAACGUGUAGGUAUCCAAUUACACGUUGACAUUUACAAGUGGCAUAAUAAGGUACCAAACAAUUUAGUUAUUUUUAAAAACUAUUUUUUUUUCUUUUUCUGGAGACUUAUUCUGAUUGUAUGUACUUAACAUUACAAGUUUAUUUCCUAAUAAAAUAUAAGGUGCCAUUAGUUUGAGUUUUAAUUAAGUAGCAAUUUGGUAACGUGUUCAUUAAAAUUUUCAAAAGACAAUACUGUGGUCUGCUAUAUUAUGCAAUGAAAUUGGCUUGUCAUGUCAUGGUCUUGAUUUGUAAUAAGAACAUUUAUAAGGAAUGUAAUUUGUAAUCGAUGUAUAAAUGUAACCUAAAUCUUCCAAAAGGGGUAAACGUGUAUUUUUGAGCAGGUCGUUGACGAUCUCUUUAUUGGUUUUUAUAAAAUAUAUUUUUGAUACAACAUUUUCUGUAGCACAGUCUUUAGGGCUUUAUUUAAUCGACAAGACAAAAUUAGAUUUCUUGUAGACGUGCUCAUCACCUAGUACAAUUGCAGUUUUUACGUUUGUAGAAUUCAAAAUGUUGACAUGAGUAAACAAAGUGGAAUAUAUAGCACCAACACUAUUUCAACUUAAUGUGUUGGUAUCACCCAAAUUGAAGUUAUUCUUUACAUUUGAUUUUAUUAAAUUAAUUUUAUUAUAGAAAAAUGUCUUCUACGUGAAAUGAGAUCACAAUUUUGCACGUAAUAAUCUAAUCAUCAGACGAAAUCUCCGAGUGCCGGACAGUUUUGAGUAAUGUUUCUCGGAAUAUGAUUUAGCAAUGACCAGAAUACUGAUAGAUACGUUAGAUGCUUACUUGAAGAAGUUGGUGGUCUGUCUCUUCUCAUCUUCAAUUUGAAUACUGUUGUAAUUCGGUCUCGAAAAUGUUAGAAAUCUCUUCUAUUUAAACUGUUGAUACUAAAAUUAGAAAUUCGCUGAUUACCAAAUUUUUCGAUUCCACUGAAGCACAGAUACCUAUUGUAGAUCAAUGCUUUAAAAAAAGGUUUUAUUUUAUUUCAAUUAGAGACAACUUAAUAGCGAUUUUCAAAAGGGGGUUAUCAAUGUGGUUUCUUAUUAAACAAAUCAGAUGUUUUAUACUGUAUCUGCUUAUGUAUCAUUUCGAAGAUGCAGUAAUCUUCUUACACAUCCCCACAGUAUGUUAAUCAGUUCCAAUUGGGUUCACCUUUGACAUUUUUAAAAGCGGACCAAAAGUUUGCCGUUUCUGUAAAUAACAUAAUGAUACAUUAAAACUGUUAUUUUAUGAUAGACCUAAUAUUGUACUUUGUAAUAAUUUUUUUAAUGAUAAACGGUGCCAAUAUUUUUUCCAGUUAGCUAAUGAUUUUUUUUUGUUUAAAACAUGAGAACUGACUUUUGUCAAUUAGCAACUAUUGUUAUUGGUGUGAUACGAUAUUUUUAUGCAUAUGUAUAUGUGUUUUUUUACAUUUUUAUAUAAAUCUUAAUAUAUUUGAAAAGAAAAAUAAACGCGAGUGCCUUUAC